UAAACUACUGCAGCAUAAAUACUGGAGGCUGAGACAGGAGGGGUCAGGAGAACCCUACAGAGAACAAUAAAAGGUCCUGCUUUUAGGGUCUAAGUGGCUCAUGUAGUAAGAAUGGACUACGGCAGCUAUAGGCUAUACACUUUACUGAUCAACUACAGAGGGCUGAAUGUAACAUCUCACUUUUAUAUUUAGAUACUGGGAAAUGGAACUGUGAAGAUCUUACCUGGAACUUUGAACAGAAAGUAAUCAGCGACUGAGUGAACAAUCCGUCCCUUUUGAAUGAUGACCUUUGCCAGAAAGUAAUAAUAGUCAACGGGAAUAGCCCCAUGAUAAUAGACUAUAAGAGCUGCUCCUUCAUCGGGAAUCUUCUCCAUACCAUGGAUUUCAUAUCCUGUUUUGAAAUAGACACAUUUAUAUAAGCAUUGGCAAUAGUCAUUGACUAGUCAAGCAGCGCCGAUGGAGAGCCGACUCCCUGUCGUGACCCAGGGGAGUCAGAGUUUGGAGGAAGGCUGAAGUGAAGUCAGGCGGGCACUAGUGAAGUGAUCGAUCUGAUUGGGCAGACUUUUGUCAGUGGUAGCUGACCAGUGUGAUUAGGGCCAACAGCAAGCAGACCAUGUCAGUGGAAAUGAUGAUAAACCUUGUGAUGGUGGUAAUCGCAAAAGAGCUGCCUCCUCAAACACCAAGCCCACUGAGUCGAGAGACACAGGAUGGGUGUUCCCGGAAAAAUAACAAUGGAUCAAGUGAGAGAAGAGCAUCUAAUAGUGAAGGUGAUGAAACGCCACAUAGAAGAAUUGCAAAAGUAAAGUGGAGUCAUGAACUGGAUGUGGAGGAGAACCCUCAGAUGUCUGUAGAGGAAGCCUGGGAUAAACUGUGAUUAAAGUGCAGCCACGACCCCAUGUUUGAGAGUGUGCUGAAGUUUAAGCCACAGUCACCACCAGGGUGGGAAGGCUGGGAGGAAUAGGAAGCUACAUGGCGGUAGGAGAGCAUCCUGCCACAUCAACAAGCACACCUUCUUUACUGAAGAGGGAGAUGCCACAGAGCCCAAGCUGAGCAAGACCUUUCAAAAAAUCACAUGUCCUGAUCUGUCUUCAGGUUCAGAGGUUCCUCCAGAAAGUUCAGAGAGGAAUACCCCUCUGGAGUUGGAUAGUACUGAGCAACCCUCUCAUCAGAACCUCUUCACCAGAAUAGAAGAUGAAGAGGAUGAUGAGAUUCAAUUCAGAAGAGAGGUUUACUCACUGGACAUACCAGACUACUUAGUUCCCGGAGCACCUGAACACAAUAACACAGAGGCUACUGGGAAGAAAAAGAAGAACAAUAAUACCAAGAAAACAGAGAAAUGUGGAGUGAUGCCAGCUGAGAUUUCAGUGGAGCCUGAGCUGGCUAAGUACUGGGCCCAGCGCUACCGGCUCUUCUCCUGGUUCGAUGAGGGCAUCAAAUUGGGACAAGUUGAGUCACAGAGCAAAGAGAACACACACUUCAGGAAACACAACCGAUUUCUUCAUACAGGCUCAAGCAGAAAGGAGGCCUGGUUCUCCGUCACCCCAGAGAAGAUAGCCGACCACAGUUUCCACUCAUAGACACCUUCUGUGGAGUGGGAGGCAAUGCCAUCCAGUUUGUCCUCACUGUGAAGAGAGUGCUAGCCAUUGACAUCGACCCAGUGCGUCUGGCCCUGGCCCAGCACAACGCCCAGGUCUAUGAGGUGGCCGAGCACAUCAAAGUUGUGCAGGGAGACUUCCUAAAGCUGGCACCACGUCUUAGUGGGGAUGUGGUGUUCAGACUACCUCAGCGCAGACGUCUUCAAUAUCAAGAGCAUGAUGGCUCCAGAUGGAUAUCCUUUUUUCCUCUCGUUGUAACUGCUCUCAGGCUUUUAUAGUCAGGCAACGGGCCAGACUCCAGCACUCCGGGCAUGGCAGGGUAGAGGUAGAGGCAGAGGGGUAGAGGUAGAGGCAGAGCGGUAGAGACCGAGGCAGGGCUUUUGAGAACAGGGCAGAGUGGUUGAGGCCAGGGGAGAGCGGUAGAGACCCAGGCAGAUGAAGAGCAAGACAUGCCUCUGUAUUCUGGGUCAGCUGCAGCUUAACUAGGUAUUUUUUUGCAGAACCUGACAAUAGUACUGGACAAUAAUCAAGAUAAGAUAAAACAGGAGCCUGCAGGACUUGCUUUGUGGAGUGUGGUUUCAAAAAAGCAGAACAUCUCUUAAUUACGGACAGACUACUCCCCCACCAUUGAAUCUAUAUGUUUUGACCAUGACAGUUUACAAUCUAACGUUACACCAAGUUAUUUAGUCUCUUCAACUUGUUUAACAGCCACACCAUUCAUUACCAGAUUCAGCUGAGGUCUAAAACUUAUGGAAAUAUCUGUACCAAAUACAAUGCUCUUAGUUUUAGAGAUGUUCAGGACCAGUUUAUUACUGGCCACCCAUUCCAAAACUAUAUGCAACAUUUUGUUAAUGGUUUCAGUGACUUCAUUAGCUGUGGUUGCUGAUGCGUAUAUUGUUGAAUCAUCAGCAUACAUGGACACACAUGCUUUGUUUAAUGCCAGUGGCAGGUCAUUGGUAAAAAUAGAAAAGAGUAGAGGGCCAACAGAGCUGCCCUGCAGUACACCCCACUUUGCAUGUUUGACAUUUCAAGAAGCUUACAUUAAAGAAAGCUCUGAAUCCAUGAUAUGGCUGAGGUUGAGAAAACUAACUAACACAUUAGUUUUCUCAACAACCGGUUGUGGUAAAUAAUAUCGAAGGCUGCUCUGAAAUCUAACAGUACAGCUAGCGCCCACAAUCAUCUUAUUAUCAAUUUGUUUCAGCCAAUCAUCAGUCAUUUGUGUCAGUGCAGCACAUGUUGAGUGCCCUACUCUAUAAGCAUGCUGAAAGUCUGUUAUUAAUUUGUUUACAGAGAAAUAGCAUAGUAUUUGGUCAAACACAAUUUUUUCCAACUGUUUGCCAAGAGCUGGCACCAAGCUGAUAGGUCUGCUGUUAGAACCAGUGAAGGGAGCUUUACCACUCUUGGGUAGUGGAAUGACUUUGGCUUCCCUCGAGGCCUGAGGACAAAUACUUUCCUCUAGACUCAGAUUAAAGAUAUGACAGAUAUGAGUGGGUAUAGGAGUAGGUAACCAUACCAUCCCCAGUAGCUUUCCAUCUAAGUUGUCAAUUCCAGGAGGUUUGUCAUUUAUUCAUAAUUUUUCCACCUCUCCCACACUAACUUUACAAAAUUCAAACUUACAAUGCUUUUCUUUUGAUUAUAUGUUUUUUUAUGCAUGAGUACGAUGGCUCACUGUUUGUUGCCAUUUUCUGCUUAGGUUUGCCCACUUUGCCAAUUAAGUUAUCGUUAAAAUAAUUGGCAACGUUUGUGAUGAGUAAGUCAUCUGAUUUGAUGAAAGAUGGAAUUGAAUUUGUCUUUGUGCCCAUAAUUUAAUUUAAAGUACUCCAAUGUUUUUUUUCCCAUAAAUGUUUAUAUCAUUGAUCUUGGCUUCAUAAUACAGUUUUUUCUUCUUUUUGUUGAGUUCAGACACAUUAUUUUUCAAUUUGCAGUAAGUCAGCCAGUCAGAUGUGCAGACAGACUUACUAGCCACUCCUUUUGCCCCAUCUCUUUCAACCAUACAUUUUUUCAAUUCCUCGUCAAUCCAUGAAGCCUUAACAGUUCUAACAGUCAGUUUCUUAACAGGUGCAUGUUUAUCAAUAAUUGGAAGAAGUAAUUCCAUAACUUCAUUCAGUGGAGCGUCUGGGUGCUCCUUAUUAAUCACAUCAGACCAACAAAUAUCAUCUACAUAAGAGUCACAGCUAAUUAUUUUGUACUAUCUCUUAUACACUAUUUUAGGCCCAGCUUUUGGAACGUUGGCUCUCCUGGAUAUAGCCACUAUAUUGUGAUCACUGCAUCCAAUGGUAUUACAGGGAUAUGGCUCUGAAUAUAUUCAGCAACACCUCCCCCGUUGUCCAAAAUGAUAUCCGAUAAUAUUGUGUACUUCCUGCCACUUAAUGCAGACAUGUAUCAGACAACAUGGGUUGUAAAAAAUCCAAGCUAAAUGACGGUCUGAAUGGAGGUGUGCUUGAUGGCAAGAACCAACGGCCAGUACGUCCUGACCAAACUGUAUAUGUGAGAGAUCCCACCUCCAGUAAACCAAAUGCUACAAGUAACUCACCUCCUGGAGGUCUCCUGCCUGGUCAGGUAUUCAUGAAAAUGGAAGAGCAAUCUGAGUCUGGUAAAAUAGUUAUUGCACUAUACCCAUAUGAUGCAAAACACAAAGACGAUUUGGGAUUCAAGAAGGGGGAAAGGCUUAAGGUUCUUGAAGAGCAUGGUGAAUGGUGGAAGGCUCAGUCUCUGACCUCUAAGAAAGAAGGGUUCAUACCCUCUAAUUAUGUUGCUGAGGCCAAUACCAUGGAGACAGAGGAAUGGUUUUUUAAGGAUAUUACAAGGAAGGAUGCAGAGAGACAACUUUUGGCCCCUGCAAACAAAGCAGGAUCUUACCUCAUUCGUGAGAGUGAGACAUCAAAGGGAAGUUAUUCCAUGUCUAUCAGAGAUGUGGAUGCCCAAGGGACGGACGCUGUGAAACAUUAUAAGAUCCGGAUGCUGGAUAACGGAGGCUUCUACAUCUCUCCUAAAAUCACAUUCCCUGACAUUGGCAGCAUGAUAAAACAUUAUCACAAACAAUCGGAUGGUCUCUGUCGAAAGCUGGAGAAGGCCUGUGAUAAACCCAAAGCUCAGAAGCCAUGGGACAAAGAUGCCUGGGAGAUCUCCAAGGAGUCCAUCAAGAUGGUGAAGAAACUAGGAGCCGGACAAUUUGGUGAAGUGUGGAUGGCGUUCUACAACAACACGACUAAGGUGGCAGUGAAGACACUGAAGCCAGGCACCAUGUCAGCUGAGGCCUUCAUGGAGGAGGCUAACCUGAUGAAGACCCUGCAACACGACAGACUGGUGCGCCUCUACGCCGUCGUCACCAAGGUCGAGCCUAUCUACAUCAUCACAGAGUACAUGUCCAAUGGUAGCCUCUUAGAUUUCCUAAAAAGUGAGGUAGGCUGCAAAGUUCAGCUACCUAAGCUCAUCGAUUUCUCUGCACAGAUUGCGGAGGGAAUGGCUUACAUUGAGAAGAAGAACUACAUCCACCGUGACCUGAGAACAGCCAAUGUCCUGGUGUCUGAGAGUUUGCUGUGUAAAAUAGCUGACUUUGGCCUUGCUAGAGUUAUAGAAGAUGACCAGUACACAGCCAGAGAGGGUGCAAAGUUUCCCAUCAAGUGGACAGCACCAGAGGCCAUCAACUAUGGAUCCUUCACUAUCAAGUCAGACAUGUGGUCCUUUGGAGUCCUCCUGUAUGAAAUCAUUACCUAUGGAAAAAUACCUUACCCAGGGAUGAGUAAUGGUGAGGUGAUGACUUCAGUGCAGAGAGGUUAUAGAAUGCCCCGCCCUGAGAACUGUCCCAACGAGCUCUAUGACAUCAUGACCAGUUGUUGGAAGAGCAAGCCAGAUGACAGGCCUACAUUUGACUACAUCCAGAGUGUCCUAGAUGACUUUUACACCGCCACAGAGGGCCAGUACCAACAGCAGCCCUAGGAAGUCAAUGUUUGAGUCCCAAUAGGGCUCUGGCCAAAAGUAGUGCACUAUGUAGGGGAUAGGGUGUCCUUUGGGAUGUACAUACAUCUGCCAAUGUGCUAGUUUCAUUAUGAAAUAGUCAAUCCACCAGCAACAAUAUCAGCUAUUCAGCGGAAGUAGAGAUAUUGUCGGACAAGUUGACUGCUUGUUUAUUUGUUAGGCAAGCCAAAGAUGAAUCUAUGAAUUCAACUUCAUAUUGAAGUAUAGACCUGCUUGUGCAUUUCAGCAUUUCACGGAAAAUGAUCGAAUAACAAAUGGCUUACUGUUGACUGACUCUGAUCAAACCUGUAGAAUAAUUAUCACAUUGAACAGCACAAAAUAGACAUUCUACCACAUAUUUAUUAUCACUUUAGCCAUAUCUGUUUGCCAUGUUGAAUUUAAUCAUACAUUUCACCAGCACAGAUGCUUACCUUUUCAUCUAUUACAUUUCUAUUUUUCUUUGUAUUUCAAGGUACAUAGAUUUAUUUUAGCAGCUGAUCUUUUGGGUUAUUUUCUGAAUUACAGAAAUAAUGAGACUAAUGAUUUAUUUCAUGUAUAUUUGUUGUAUUUUUUUUUUUUUGCAAUGAGAUAUUGAUGUGUGACAUCACGUGAUUGUAUUAACCUGAAUAAAUGCAAAUGAUCUGUAUCAAUAAAAAUACUUAUUUGCA